GAGUGGAGGUUUUAAAUAAAAAUCAAUGGGGAACUGUAUGUGAUGCUGGCUGGGAUUUAACAGAUGCUGCAGUGGUGUGUAAUAGCAUGGGUUGUGGGACUCCAAUAGCAGUAAAGACAGGAGCUUUCUUUGGACAGGGCUCAGGACCCGUGUGGCUAGAUAGUGUGAAUUGUACUGGGAAUGAGCCAUCAGUGAAAAAUUGUUCAUCAAAGCCAUUAGGAACAAGCACCUGCAGCCAUGGACGAGAUGCCGGAGUCAUCUGUAACCCUUCAGUUAGGUUGGUGAAUGGUGAGAACUCAUGUUCUGGACGAGUGGAGGUUCUUCAUAAUGGGACAUGGGGAACAGUGCAUCAGGACUACUGGGACUCUACUGAUGCUGCAGUGGUGUGUAAAGAGUUGGGAUGUCCGACCGGUGCUGAAACAAAAAUGUAUUCCUUCUUUGGACCUGGUGUAGGAACAAUAUGGAUGGAUGAUGUUCAGUGUACAGGGACUGAAUUGUCACUUAAGGAGUGCAGUUUUCGUGGAUGGUCAUCAUACAACUAUGAUCAUUCAUUUGAUGCUGGAGUCAUCUGUCGAGGUAUUAGACUGGUUAAUGGAGAUAAUAAGUGUUCUGGAAGAGUGGAGGUUUUAUAUAAUAAUCAAUGGGGAACCGUCUGUGAUGCUGGCUGGGAUUUAACAGAUGCUGCAGUGGCGUGUAGUAGCAUGGGCUGUGGGACUCCUGUGGCAGCAAAGACUGGAGCUUUCUUUGGGCAGGGUUCAGGACCCGUGUGGCUGGAUAAUCUGAAAUGUUCUCGGAAUGAGUCAACAAUGACAAAUUGUUCAUCAAAUGUAAUAGGAACAAGCAGCUGCAGCCAUUCAAGAGAUGCUGGAGUCAUCUGUAACCAAAAUGAGACGUCUUCUUGUGACUUUUAA